UUCCCUACCCACCCAAACUUCAGACUUCCCGGUACUUCGUUUGCAAGUUUUUUUCCUGUUGUGUAAUAAAAGUGAAUUUUGUCUAAAUAAACACAAUGGAUCUCGAAAUGGAAUUGCAACAUAAAGGAAAAGACGAUUUUAUACCAAGAGAUUAUCAACUUACCAUAAUGGAGAUAGGUAUUAAAAGAAAUUCAAUUAUUUUCUUACCAACGGGUACAGGGAAAACUUUAAUUGCUGUGAUGAUAUUAAAACGUUUAGCGGAACCUCUACAAAGACCCCUUAGUCAAGGAGGAAAAGUGAGCGUUAUGUUAGUAAAUACCGUAGCCUUAGUCGAUCAACAAUCGAAAUAUCUAAAAGCGUUAACAGAUCAAGACGUUGCUGCCUAUAGCGGCGACAUGAAUGUGGAUUAUUGGAGCGAUAGUACAUGGAGAGAUCAACUUGAACACAAUCAAGUGUUGGUUAUGACUACCCAGAUACUUGUAAAUAUACUUCAACGUUCACUAUUAAGUUUAAAUGAUGUGAAUUUGUUAAUCUUUGAUGAAUGCCACAACGGCGUAGAUGAUCAUCCCAUGACACAAGUGAUGUCGUAUUAUCCGAAUUUGAGAGACCCACCACGUGUGAUAGGGCUGUCAGCCACAUUGCUUAACAGAAAAUGUACGCCCGCCGAAGUUCUAAAAGAAGUUAGUGUAUUGGAACGUACUUUUCAUAGCAAAGUGGUUACUGUAACUGAUUUAGAGUGUCUGACAGGAUACUCUACAAAUCCGCAAGAAGAAAUACGUGUCUUUUCGUCUCAUACACCUUCUGAGGUGGAUGGGCUAGCAAUCCGACGUUUAAAAGAUUUAAUCAGUGUUGUGAAAAAAAUCAACGUAGAUAAGACAUCCAUCUCUCCUCCAAAACCAAACCUGCACCCACUUAAUAAUGAUUCCGAAUUUAAGGAAAUAAUAUCCCUAAUUAACGAUGUAGUACACCACAUUCAAUAUUUCGGAAGUUACUGUGGCGAGAUUGCCGCUGCCGCUCACAUUAUUCAAUUGGAACGAAUUAGAAAGCAUUGUCAAGACGAGAGGUUCAGAACUGUAAUUGAUGCGGUGAAGUCAACUUUUCAAACGGUUAGAGCUAUGUAUCAGAUAGUAAUGAAGUCUACGGAUCAACCUGAACGUAUUUACAAAUUUUCAUCUCCGCACGUAAAUAAGCUAUUCCACGUUUUGGAAGAAUAUGAUCAUAACGCCAAGGUUCCGUUAUGCGGAAUAAUAUUCGUCCAAAGAAGAUUUACCGCAAAAGUUAUUUAUAAUGUGCUAAAAGAUUUGAAGGAAACUGAUCCUCGUUUUUCUUUUAUUAAUCCUAAUUUUAUUGUGGGCUUCAAUGUUAACGCUUACAACAACACCCGUGAGGGCUUAUAUACUAACAAAAUGAAUAAAAUCAUUCUGCAUGAUUUCAAAACUAAGAAGGUUAAUUUAUUGGUAGCUUCGAACGUUUUGGAAGAAGGGGUUGACAUUCCGACAUGCACUUUGGUAGUUAAAUUUUGUGCUGUAACUAAUUACUGUGCAUAUAUUCAAUCAAAAGGAAGAGCACGCCACCUAAAUAGUUUAUAUUACAUGUUGGUGAAUGAAGAUGAAUCCAAUGAAUUUUUCAGGUCAUAUCAAAAGUUUCAAAAAGUAGAAGACAUACUAAAUUUGCACCUACAUGGAAAUUAUCAGGAUGCAGAGGAACCGAUUGGGGAUGCAGAUCAGUUGGAUGGUGAGCUAAUCCCUCCAUACUAUGUGGAUGGACCAGAUUCUCCACAAGUCAAUUUGUUAACUGCUAUACCUCUUUUAUGCUUGUACUGCUCACAUCUUCCGGCUGAUAAAUACACAAUGUAUACGCCAAACUGGUUUGUAGAUAAAUGUCCAAACACUCUAAACUAUCGAGUCACAAUUGAGCUUCCACCAGUUAGUGGUGUUUUAGAUCCAAUAGAAGGACCAUUCACGCACUCGAAGAAGCUUGCAAAAAGAGCUGCAGCUUUAGAGACUUGUAAGAUAUUGCAUCAAAGAGGUGAAUUGGAUAACAAACUAUUACCCAGAAAUCGUGCGGUAGCACAAAACAAUUUUGGUUACUAUUUUAACCAUUGGCCAAAGAUCCAGGAAAGUGAUGUGGGAAAAACAAACAAACAAAGAUUAUAUACUAAGAGAAUACCCAAUGCUUGCAAGGGGUGCAUAAUCCCAAACAAAGAGGUGUAUCUUCAUAUCAUCGAAUUACAACCGAUAUUUUCUAAUAAAGGAGACCUGGAAGUGAUAUAUAAUCUCUAUCAGUCUCAUUUAUGCUAUGGGUUUCUUUCUGCCCAGCGGUUACCAAAAUUGUGCCAAUUUUUAUUAUACGUUUCAGCCGGAGAGAUAUUAGUUAAUCUUAAGCUCAAUUAUAAGCAGGUUACCUUGACCGAGGAGAACAUUUCUCACUUAAAAGAUUUUCAUCACUUGGUAUUUCGAGAUGUUUUGAGAAUUUUGAAAACAUGUCUAGUGUUGGAUAAUGACGAUGAUACAAAUGGAUUUCUUAUUGUACCUGUUAAGAGGAUAUCUUUAAAUUUUGAAAUAGAUUUCGAAAACGCUAUUAAACACAAGACCAUUCGGGACCCAAAGGCUGAACCUACAGAGCAAAUGAAGUUGUCUUUAAAUGUAACCAAGGAAAAUUAUUGUGGCAGUGUCAUUACUCCAUGGUAUCGCAAAGAUGAUCACCAAUACCUCGUAGUCAAAGUCUCUAACGAAUUGAAUCCGCUGAGCGCCUUUCCUACAGAGGGCUUUGCCACCUACGCAGCUUACUUCAUGGAAAAACACAAGCAAAUAGUAAUCAAUAAAAGUCAGCCUUUAGUUUUGGUAAAAGGUAUUUCAAAGAGGUUAAAUUGUCUAAAACCUCGUAGGUCACAUGGUAGAAAAAGUAGCGGUGAUAAAUUUGAACAGUAUUUGAUACCCGAACUUUGCGUAAAGCAAGAUUUUCCAUCUGCCUUAUGGUUACAAGCCGGUUUGCUACCAACAAUUUUGAAUAGGAUUGUGUUACUAUUGCAGGCAGAUGAAUUACGUAGUUUAAUUGCAAAAGGGAUCGGAUUAGGUAUCCAUGAACUAUCCGAAAAAGAAGAGUGGGCACCGUUACUGUUAGAUAAACAUAUAACGGACGAUAUAGAAGUAAGCGCACAUUAUGAAGAAAUCGAGCAAUCGAACAUAACGGAAAUAUCUCAAGAUAAAAUAUUUGGGAGCAUUUCUUUAACAAAGUUAUUACCUGAUUUAACAAUUAAAGAAUUAGCUGCGGAAUGUCCUUGGAAUGAGUUAACCGAACCUGUAGAUAUCGAACGACAACGUGACGUGAAGUUGACUGAUGUGGAAGCUUUUGACAACUUUGUGUCGCAAGCGCUACCAAAGGAUCACCAGUUAGUAAAGAAUAAAGUAGCAAAUCGAAAUAAGUGUGAGACGGAUAAUAACCUUUACACUUAUAAACCAUUAAAUUUUUUGAAAAUUAGAGAAAAUAGUAAAGGUGCCGAACUUGUAGAUAUUUUUACUGCACUGACUACGGCAAAAAAUAAUGACAUAGUUAAUUUGGAACGGUUAGAAACUUUGGGUGACUCAUUUUUGAAAUUUACUAUUUCUUUGUUCCUUUUCCUGAAAUAUCCAAGUUUUGAUGAAGGCAUGUUAACCAGUUUUAAAGGAAAAUUAAUUAGUAAUAAGAAUUUAUUUUACAUUGGAAAUAAAAAGGGUAUUAGUGAGUAUGUAAAAGUCGCAGAGUUUGAUCCAGCUUCCGAGUGGAAACCACCCGCAUUUAAUGUUCCUAAAAUAUUCAGAGAUAGGAUCAAUCGAUCCAUAUCGAUAAAUUCUCUCUUUCACUUUACGUUUACAAAAAGCGAACAGAUCGAUGGUAUAUUAUGUGAUAAAUCUAUCAACGACAUCAGUGCAGCUUGUGACGAGAUACCUAAAGAUGACAAUGUACACUCCAAUUCCGCAUACUCGUUUUUAGAUCAGCAAGUUAUAAGGGAUAAGUCGAUCGCCGAUUGUGUCGAAGCACUGUUAGGUGUGUAUUUUCAAGCUCACGGUAUCAAGGGUGGUUUGCGAUUUUUAAAGUGGUUAAAUAUUGUUCCACAAUUUGAAAAUAUUGACAAUCUGUUUCAAAUGACGCCUCCGAAUCCGGCCUUUGCCAAAAAUGUUGCCAAACGAAAUAUUGAAUACCAUAUCCCAGCAUGGGAAAAAGUGCAAGACAAGUUACGUUACACAUUUAAAAAUCGUGCGUAUUUGUUACAAGCGUUAACGCAUGCGUCAUAUAUUUCCAAUCGUAUCACGAACUGUUAUCAAACUUUGGAGUUUUUGGGGGAUGCUGUAUUAGACUUCUUAAUUACUUGCUACAUAUUUGAAGCUUCUGAAAAUUUGAGUCCGGGUGAUUUAACCGAUUUACGCUCCGCAUUGGUAAAUAACAUCACAUUCGCGUGCUUCACAGUUAGAUGUGGAUUUCAAAAACAUCUGCAGUUUUCAAAUAGGCAAUUAUCAAAAUAUAUAGAUAACUUCGUUCGAUAUCAAGAAUUAAACAAUCACAAGAUCAAUGAGGAAGUACUAACGUUAAUAAGUGAAGGGGAACUACACAUAGGUCAACAUAUUGAUGUGCCAAAGGUUCUUGGAGAUAUGUUUGAGGCCUUGAUAGGUGCUGUCUUCUUGGAUUCUGGUAUGUGUCUUAAAACUACGUGGAAAGUUAUUCAUCGAAUAAUGUGGAAGGAGAUGGAAACGUUUAUGAAAAAUGUUCCAAAACAACCAAUUAGAGUAAUCCACGAGAUGGUUGCGGCUAAUCCAAGGUUUGGAUCAGCUGUUGUUGUCGAUGACGGACAUGUUAUUGUACAGUUACAUUUUAUGUUAAAUGGUUCGCAAAAGGUUGUUUAUGGAGCUGGUGACAGUAAAGCAUCGGCCAAGAAAGCAGCUGCCAAGAUCGCGUUACGACUGUUAAAUAAGUAGUAGUAGUUUUAGGUAUUUUCAAAUGAUUAUUUAUGUGAUAGUUAAUUUGUAAGUAUUUUUUGUCAUAACAUUUUUUAAAUAUAAAUACUAAAACAAAGUAAAAGUGUAAUCGUUUAAAGAUGCUGUAAGUAAAUAUGACGAUGUUUUAUAUUAUGUUUCACUAUUGCAACAGAUAAAUUGGACAAAAACUUUUA